UUGAUGUCGGUAGUCAUGAGAGACCAUAUGUAGUACAGAAAUCGCCAACAGUGUUCUCCAUUCGUUUGCGUACUGCCAAAACGUAAAGACGUCGUGGAGCUUUUUUUGUACGCGUACGCGAAAGCGUUUUUUUAACGGUACCUUAACGUCAUCUUAGUAAAACAUAAGAAUAGGAAUAACAAAGCUAUUGCCAAAACUAUACAAAUUAUUUGUUUGUUCGAUUACGCGAAGUUAAUUCAAAUUUGCUGUGUUUAGCAAUAAACUAAUAAAAAAUAGAACGAAAUUAAAAUAAAAAGGCACCUCAAAGACGGAUGCUCGUAAAUCUUAGCUGCUCAUUAAGGUCAUAAGAAUUCGGCUACGGUUCGCUACCGAAACUCGUCGCAAUGUUGAAAACCGAAAUUAAAUGGUCGGUGUUUUUAUUGCUCCAAUUUGUGUUUGUUGUGUCGACGGGCGCACAAGGCGGCCAAAGUGUUGCUGCAAACAAGCUUGACGUUACCAUUUUGUAUGAAUCUCUUUGUCCGGACAGCAUUCGAUUCAUGGGCAGGCAGCUGGCACCAGCCUAUGGAAAUCUCAAACAGAACUUAAAUAUAAAUCUGGUGCCGUUCGGGAAAUCACGUUCUGUCAACCUUGGCAGUGAUUUCUAUUGCCAGCAUGGACCUGCGGAAUGCGCUGGAAAUCGUUUGCAAUCUUGUGUCUUGAAUCAGCAAAGCACGCAGGAUCAGCGAGUACGCUUUGCCAUCUGUCAAAUGUUGGCGAAGGAUAAACAGAACGUGGAAGAUUGCACCGACUUGGUGGGUCUCAGCAGCGACGUUGACGGUUGUGUUAAAACGACCGUGGGCACACAGUUGCAAUUAUUGGCAGAGCAGGUGACAAAUCAGUAUUCGCCCUUAUUUGUGCCAACCAUCAUUUACGAUGGUGUUUUCAAUCAACAACUUCAGGAUGCUUCGUUGUACGACUUCCGUGGUACUGUUUGUACGCUGCUGCAGAAACGCGGCAUCGUCAAUGACUCGUGCAGCGAGUGAGUCGGUUGUGGAGCAGCGGCAAGGGGAGUGAGCAGUGUGGUUGACGCAAUGUAGCUUUGAAAAUAUAUUCAGAAAUGUAUUUAACGGCGUAUUACUUGCAAUUAAAAUUACUAUAAAUUUUUUUAGUGAAAUAAUGUGGUUUCUUCAUAACUAAAAUAGUUUAACAAAACCCAAAAUAUGUAUUGUUAUUGUAAAUAUAAAAUGGCAGAAUAUUGAAUGCUCUACAAAAAA